CUUCAUCUUCUGAAGAAGAAUUUGGCACCGCACGUGGUAAUGCCUUAGGCCAAAUGCAUGAUCGCUAUCCAUUGUUUGUUGUGGCACCCGUGCGCAGCGAUGACCAUCAAAGGCAUAGCUUUGACUCACUACGAGCCUACUUUAAUAGCCCCAACACGGAUUCUUCCCAAAUGUUACGCAAAUUAUUAUUAUCCAAACUAGUUGCCCAGUGUGAAAAUCAAAAUAAAUCUUAUCGCACUAGUUUAUGCAAUCAUUUGCUGGAUAAUGUCUUCUAUGCUCCCGAGGUCCAGCUACCCUCCGAUGCUGCCAAGAUCAAAAAGAAUUUCGAUGAAAUCGACAAGGCCUCUGCAAGUUUUCGCAUAUUUGAUGAUGUCUUUCUAACUCCCGAGCUACCAGUGGAUGCUGCCAAGAUCAAGAAGAAUUUUGAUGAAAUCGAUAAGGCCUCCGCAAGUUUUCGCAUUUUUAAUAAAAUUUAGAGACUUAUAACCUAAGUAAGCCCACGGAGAAACACUACAAAGAUAUUAGGCAGCUAUGACUAAGGAUUUUAAGGAUGGUGUCUAUUGUAAUAUUAGCAAAGAUCAACUUAUAUAUUUCUUAUAUUUUACAACGUUGUGAAUUUAAUAUAAAAGAAUAAAUAACGAAUUUUAAAUGAA